CGGUGUGCCCGUUUUGGCUCGUGACUGUAAAGGAGAAUGAAGAGCAUCCAAUUACAUUUUAGGCGACAAUGUCAACAGGGUCCGGAGGAGGCCAGUGAUCUUGUCGAUAUUGAUUUUGCCGAGCCACCAGCAACACAAGAUGAAGAUUCGGCUAGCAGUAGCCUUAACACUGCCACCGGCUUUGCCCCCGUUUCGCCAACCACUGCCGGUGGGAAACAAUACAAAUACAAAGCUUUCCCGUGGUUUCAUUUUGAAGGAAAUUUUAUGUUUUGCAAGUAUCGCAAGUCCGAACCACAACUUGGGGAAUCCUCACCUGAAAGACACUGUUAAAAAAACACAACGUGUCGAAAAAGCACAUUGAGUGCAGAGAACCACAUCAUCAAGAGUACCAACGAAUACACGGUGACAGUUCAGUCGGCUCUGAGGAAGCAGCACACUCCGACAACCCUGAUGUCCUAGCCGUGCCUGAAUCCUGGCUUAGGAAGGCCACCAAAAAUUCUGAAAUUUCCAUCCCCAACUACAACAGUUUCCGUCAAGAUAGAACUACCAAAGGGGGCGGAGUUCUGUCAUACUACUAUCCAGAACAACUUUCUGGCAUCACGUUUUACCUCCCCUCAAGAUGACGACUCCUCAGUAUGACCUGUCAAACACGCUCCCUCCCCACACACUGACCCGGCUGGCACGGGAGUGGCUGGCAGAGGACACACCAAACUUUGACCCUGCAGGGCUGUGUGUGGGGUCACAUGAGGUCGAGGCCAGGUUGUUGUGUAAAACGCCGUGCAGCAUGCUGGCAGGCAGGCCUUUCUUCACUGCUGUCUUCACUGAGCUCAGCUGCGCUGUGGAAUGGGCACACAAAGAGGGAGCACAGCUCGGUCCAAAUGCGGUGACCCAGACUGCUGUGGUCAGAGGCCCAGCAAGGUGUAUCCUCCUCGGGGAGAGACCGGCCCUCAACUGCUUGGCCCGGGCCUCGGGGAUAGCCACCCGCUGCUCCCAGCUACAGAGCAUCGCCAGGGAGGCAGACUGGCAUGGCCAUGUGGCUGGCACGCGUAAAACCACCCCUGGGUUCCGGCUGGUGGAGAAGUAUGCAAUGCUGGUGGGCGGCGUGUCCAUACACAGACAGGACCUGAGUGGGAUGGUGAUGCUGAAAGACAAUCAUAUAUGGGCAUCAGGGAGUAUCACACAGGCGGUGAGGGAUGCCCGCUCGGUGUGUGGCUUCAGCAGUAAGAUCGAGGUGGAGUGCGGCAGCCGGGAGGAGGGCAGUGAGGCGGCCACGGCAGGCGCCGACAUCGUCAUGCUGGACAACUUUAAGCCACAGGAACUCCAUGCGGCAGCCAAGCUUCUGAAGGAGGAGUUCCCUUCUGUGCUAAUCGAGGCCAGUGGAGGGGUGACCCCAGACUCCCUGCCCCAGUAUCUCUCCCCCCAUGUGGACAUCAUCUCUCUGGGCUGCAUCACCCAGGGCUGCCCAGUGGUAGACUUCUCCCUCAAGGUUCAAAAGCCUGUUCCCUUUCCAAUUAUUUUCCAAUCAAAGUAACUGUGGCAAUUCAGGAUUUUUGUUAAUAAAGUGAAAAUAAAAAGCAACGGUCAAUUUCCUCACUUUUCAUCCAGGAGAUGACCAAGAGAAAAAAAAUCCAUUAUGACAUUGAGGUGACUGUAUGUCUAUGCUGUGUACAACUAAUUUAGAAAUUCUUAUUAAAACUGUGAAGAUAG